CUCGUGGAGCAUAGAGUUGAAGCAGGUGGUCAAAACAGUCGGUGCAAAUAUGCUCUGCGAGUGGAGCGUGUUGAUUGGAUAACAAGUUUGAACAGCCUUUUAAAAUUGAUCUAAAUGUUAAAUCUUCAGCAAUGCGUGUCUGUGGAUGGGCCUUUUUAGAGCUUCACUUCUUUGGCUGAUCCAGAAUGCUGAGAAGAGGAUGAGUGUCCCUGGUCAUCUGAGACAUCCACGUGUCCUUGCUGCUGUCCCUCCCCGACAACCCUCUCGUCCCACCGGGGACAGACCAUCUGCCUCCCCACGCUGCCCACCGUGCCCCUGCCCCCAGUAGUGGCCAUCCCAGAGGAGGGGAAAGGCAAGCCAGCCCCUGUAAAUAUGCCCGGAUGGAGGUCUCAGUGGCGUCUCGUCCUGCUCAACUCGUUGGCCUGUGGCCUGGAGAUCUGCGUGGCGGCUGGGAUCACAUACGUGCCCCCCCUGCUGCUGGAGGCUGGCGUGGAGGAGCGCUACAUGACCAUGGUGCUAGGUAUUGGUCCAGUCCUCGGUCUCCUAUUCAUCCCUCUGAUUGGCUCUGCCAGUGACCAAUGCCACAGCAGCUACGGCAGACGACGGCCUUUCAUCUGGCUGCUGUCUUUAGGGGUCCUUCUGGCACUUUUCAUCAUUCCCCACGCCGACAUACUGGCUGCACGCCUUUCCUGGGGAGGCCGCACCUUCCAGGUGGGCUUCCUGAUCUUCGGGGUGGGGCUCCUUGACUUUUGCGGACAAGUGUGCUUCACACCGCUGGAGGCGCUGUUGUCGGACCUGUACCUGGACGAGGAGGACUACAACCAGGCCUUCGCCAUGUUCUCCUGCAUGGUCAGCCUGGGGGGCUGUGUGGGCUACCUGCUCCCGGCUCUGGACUGGAGUAGUGGCCUGCUCUCCGCUUACCUAGGAGGCCAGGCCGAGUGCCUGUUCUCCCUACUCAUCAUCAUCUUCGUCACCAGUGUGCUCAUCACCAUGAAGGUGUCUGAGGAACCCUUGUGUGCCAAGAGCGGCUUGGCGGGGUCGGGAUCUUUACUGGAGGCGGGGCCCGGUACGAUAGAGGCCGGCCGCUGCGGCGUGCCGCGCUCCUGCUGCUACCUGCUGAAGUGCAAACUGAGGCUGCUGAAGUCUGGCCCCCUGCUGUGCCUGCUGAGAACAUGCUGGUCCAUGACCCCGGCCAUCUACAGGAGCUACUGCCAUGUCCCGCGGGUGAUGAGGCAGCUGUGUGUGGCUCAGCUGUGCAGCUGGAUAGCCGUCAUGUCCUUCAUGCUCUUCUACACAGACUUUGUGGGGGAGGGCCUGUACGAGGGCGUGCCCAGUGCACAAGCAGGAAGUGCCUCCAAGCAAAGAUACAGCGAAGGUGUCCGUAUGGGCAGUAUGGGCCUAUUCUUGCAAUGUGCGACCUCAACCUUCUUCUCCCUGGUCAUGAGUCGUCUGGUUCGCCAUUUUGGCUCCCGGUGGGUCUACACCAGCAGCAUGGUGAGCUUCACGGUCUCUGCUCUGGUCAUCUGCCUGUCCAAAAGUGUGGUCCUGGUCACUAUCAUGGCAUCCCUCACUGGCUAUGCGUAUGCCACACUGCAGACUCUGCCCUACACACUCACCUGUAUGUACCACAAGGAGAAAGAGAUCUAUAUGCCAAAGAGGAAGGCCCAAAGCGUGCAUAAAAACGGUAUCGCCACCAAGCGGGACUCUGUGUAUUUGACUCCUGUGGAAGAGGAGGGCAGAUCGAGCCACACAGCCGUGCCCCCCUAUGGGCAGGUCUUCUUCGGCCCGCCACACGGUCAGAACGGCUCGGCUCACAGCUCCGGUGGCGCCGAACAGGAGGAGAUCGAGUCGGGCUUUGAGAAGCGUGGCGUGGGUUUGGACUUCGCCAUCUUAGACAGCACCUUCCUCCUCUCUCAGGUUUUCCCCACCCUCUUCAUGGGCAUGAUCGUUCACUUCGCACAGUCCGUCACUGCCUACAUCGCCUGCUCCGUCAUCUUCGGGGCCGUCGCCACCUACUUGGCCGGUCAAAUCAUCUUUGACCAAAAGGACCUAAAGAACUGAGACGAGGAUGCGGAGGAUGUGGAGGCGAGGGGAUCACAAACGAUCCAUCAUUCAGGUUCCACGGACGGAACUCAACGAUGCACUACCGUUUCCAGAAUGCCUUGCUCGAGUACUGUGGGGUUUGCACAUAUGAAAGCUCUGCGUCGGGAAAGUGCGCGUCAGGUCAUGAGAGAAAGCCAUUUCAGUGAUGGGGCCGGUAUUGUUGCCCAAAGAGUCAACCCCAGCUGAGCGCUCAGGUCAGGGGUGGGACUCAAUUGAAUUCUAUAGAAAUCUGUCUGAAACCUUUUUCUUGUGACAACUUUUAUGUCCAUAGUCUCUUUCCUCAGGUACCACAAACGGAUUUACUGUAGAACUCAUUGACACACACCUUCUGGGCUUUUAAUGUUUUUUUAAAUUAAUUUACCCCGAACUAUCUGCAAUUUUUAAUAAUAGAACAGUGUUUUUUUAAUUACUUAAAACAACAGUGUUUGUUUGUACAAACUCAUCUGCAGCGUCACAAAGCCAGUCUGCCGACUCGUUUUCAUUUUAUUGAGACGGGCCCGUCGUGCUUCACAACGGAAGAAUAAAUAGAUUCAAGCGUGGUUUUUAUCAGUUGAGAUAAUAUAAUUACAAGUGGGACCAUUGAACUUGUACAUACAGGAUGAAAAAACACACUCAAAGGGGCACUGUGUUGAUUUAGUAUUGACGACACUUUCUAUAUUAUCUUCAAUCAGACCUUCCCUGCCUGUUAGAGGGCCGGUGUAGCUGUAUGAUGUUGACGUCUCAAGAUCACUGCCACUUCAUGGACCGAUCACUGUGAGGUGUGUGUGUGGAAGACACGACGACAGUUUGAUUGACAGAUGUUUCAUCCAAUCACCUUUCCAAAUAGUCUCUAAUGACCGCUUCUCAGACAGACAAGUGUCAAGCAAAUCGUUGGUAUAUUUAGCGUUGGCCUGAAGGCCCCUCUCGCUCUCCAACGUGCUGGGAACGAGUUCUGCCGAGUGCGACGCCGCUCGACUUCCGCUGCUCCUGACGUGGUUACUGUGGUAACGACAGGGCGGCUCGCAUUACCACGGGCUUGGAAAGCCGAAGGGAUUCUCAGGUGGAUGCCAUCCGCCACCACACUGCUAGAUUCUGCCAAAUCCUGCACGCGACCCUUUAAGGUGCGAUCGCCUUCUUAGUUUAGAAAUGCAGUUUCUCUUUCUCAAGAUAACCCUGAUGACGUCACACAUUGGGGUUGUUGUUCCAGACUUUAUAAAGCUCCUCCAGAGCCACAGACGACAUCAUACAACAGUCUUCACAAGUAAACUUUAUGUUUUCCCCGAUAGAAAGUCAGCUGUACUCUGACGUCUGGCCCCAUCUUCUGCGUUUCGCCUAUCUAGUGCCAUCUAUUAAUUAAUGAACAGUUUAACUGUAAAUAUAUUGUAUACAAAUUUACAGUAUGUCCCUAUGGGAAUGUUGUUAUGCAACCUGUUGCAGGGAGGGUAUCGACUUUGGUGGUUUAAGAAUGAAGCCGCGUACUAGAACUGGAAAUAUUGCAUCAAAGGUCUUCUGAGAAUAGUCUCGUCCACUUGACUUCUCAUCUUGUCCGUAUCCCCGUCAGGACAGUCAUCUCAGGUUAGUGCAUUGUUUUAGUGUCCUAUCCUUUAAGCCACUGAUGGAGAAAUAAACAAACUUUCUGCUGCCUAAACCUUCGUGUUCUACCGUAUUCCCAACGGACAAUCUGACGUCCAGAUGGGCUCGUUGCAUACGGCUGUGUUUAAACAUGUCUGAGCGAAGCUCGCUUCAGAGCACCCACUCCUGAAAGACCAACAGCAAUGCGGUAAAUGGAAAAUAUUUGUCUCCUGAGAUGCUGUAUGUUACGUUGUAUUGUGGCCUUGAGAUGAUCUUUUAAGAAUAGCCGGUUGGUCUCAACUCGAUGCCGCAAAGUGAGUUCAUUUUAUCUCCAGGCGGUCUGGUCAGACAAUGGGUGACGUAUUGUUCUCUGCAGAUACAAAUAGUCCUGAAGGAAGGCAGAGGAGUUGCCGCUGCAGUACGUGACCCUCAAGCCACUGCAUUGUCCUCUUCACCCUGAAAUUCACAAGACUGGUUUUGUCUCGCAGCGGCUGAAGGUGAAGGCUGUUUUUUACAAGUGCCUGUACAUUUUUGUAACUUUUUUUUUUGUACAUCUGUUUUUAUUUAUUAUGCUUGUAUUAAACUAUUAGCCUCGUCUCUUUCAUUGGUGCAAGGGCGAAGGCUGUUUCUGUGAAAUAUAAAUUAUUUGUAUAGAUGUGGUAUAGAAGCAUCAUUAAACUAUAAUUUAUUUUUAUCAUCGACUGCUUUCUCCUGUAACUGUGUUAACAUCUCGGAGCGUAGUGUCGAGCAGAAUACUGAAAGUUCUCAGCAUUUGCCCCUGUGGUCAUACAGCCUUGCAUCAGCUGAAUGUUAUUCCUGUCACACAACUGCUUUGUGUUUUGUUUUUAAAUGUUUUUACUGGUGCAAAACAGAAACCUUGUAAUUUUGUCUAAAUGGGUCACAUUUCACAUGCAUUUCUGUUCAUCGGGGAGCCGUGCUGUGUUCAACUUCACAUGUAAGCACGACAGAGAUAUUGGGCAGGGAGAGUUGUUUUCAGUCCCUGUUGCUCUCCACCAAAUGUCUUCGGACUCAAGAGGUGCCAAUGGUCCGCUUGUGAUGUGAUUGAUCAGGUUUUUUUUCAAAUCAAUUUCUCAAGAUUUCAGUCACCUGUGUUUUUUUCAUAAAUGCAGUCAACCAUAUUAAAAAGGUGUAUUUCUUAUUCAUUAUACAUCCAGCAGAUUGUGUAUACAUGUGCAGUUACCACGUAGAUUUUAUAUAAAAUUAAAGAACUGCAUUGUUAA